AUGGCGGAGAAUGAAGUCAUUGAACCCUCGAAAACAAAGUACAAUAGGCAACCACCAUCAAUUCCGUUUCUCUGGGAGGAAAGGCCAGGAGUAGCGAAAAAGGACUGGAGACCUGUGGUUUCUUCAGUUACUCUAGCUCCACCAUCUCCAGAAAAGCUUGUAGCCUCGGUUCCUUUCAACUGGAAGGAAAAACCUGGAAAGCCUCUGUCCUGUUUCUCACAGCCAUCAAUAGAUUCAGCUCUUACAGCCUGGAAAGCCUCUCAACAGCAUAAUGAUUACAAUUUUGACAAUAAGGAGAGUGGUGGCAAUGACAAUCACAGGCAUAAAGGAACGUUUGACUUGGAUCUUGAAUCAUUCAGCUUUGAAACUGAUGAUUCGUUCAGCUCAGCACCCUCUCUCUUGGCAAAUUGCCGGGUAUUAUCAUCAGCAGUUUCUACCGCUGUUCCAGUGCUAAAAACUUCCUCAAAAAUUGAUAUCAAUGACCAGUUAGAAAUCCCUUCCUCAUCUGCCUCUGAAUCUGACAGCAGCGCAAGCAGUUAUGAAACUGACAUUUCAAGCCUUACAGGUGCUUCUUUCUUGGAGUGUCUUUUUCCAUUAUAUCCACCCAAUUCUGGUUUUCCUGGAAAGGUUGAAUACUCCAAUAACGGCUCCCACACUCCACUAGAGCUAAAGAACAAGCAUUUUGAUCAUGAGAGUUGCAGUAAUGCCAUGGCAAAGAGGCCACCAACACUUGGAGAAUUGAUAAUGAUGAGCCGAGGAAGGAGUUGCCAAAGAAAAGCUGUUCAAAUGAGAAAAAAGAAUCUAUCAAUGGAAUUCAUAAAUGGGAAAGCUUUUGCCUGCUGUGUCUUUGGUGCUGGCAUCAAAAUGAUUGGAGGAUUGCAGACGAAGAGGCAUCAUCCAAAACUGAAACUGAUAUAG